CAGGUCCCGCUCAGUGGGUUAAGGAUCUGGCAUCACAAGCUGUGGCAUAGGUCUCAGAAGCAGAUGGAAUCCAAUGUUGCUGAGGCACAGGCUGGCAGCUACAGCUCCAUGUCAACCCCUAGCACGGGAACUUCCAUAUGCUGCAGGUGCAGCUGUAAAAAGAAGAAAAAAAGACAGUUAAUGUCUACCCCUAGCAAAGUUCUACUUGGUCAGAAUACUAUAGAAACUGUAUUUAUCUCCCAGGCUACAUUCCUUCCAUAUUUAAUAUUGAACUUCAGAUGUCUGGCAUUCUGUGUGCCUCCUCAGUGUACAUCUUGGCAGUUUUGACUUCCAUUACUGAUUUUGGGCCUGUGAAUGCCUUGAUCACUGGUGUGUAGGUUUUAACUGUUCCCUGAGAUCAAAAUGGGAACUUCAAUCUGGGAACAAAUGAAGAGUCUCAAAUGAGUGCUGAACAGUUCGAUUCCUCAAGUUACGCCCCUUAUCAGCGGGAAGUAGCCAGGAUGGUUGUCAGCCUUAUUCAUCAAGAUUGAGGAAUGAUCCAAAAAUACGGGGAACUGAAACCAUGGAUUAAAUCCAUUGCACCUAGUUAAGGUCCUUUGAAGACCUGCAUGUCCUCCAAGCAGCCCAGAGCCAAACCAGAAGAUGUUUGCCUGAGUCAUUUUUUAGGAACUUGGAGUCAGUUAUGUCUAGUUUGAGCUGAGUUGGUUGAGACCGGGGGGACCACCCACCCUUCAGCCAGGAUGGGGGACGGGCCCCUCUGUGACCUUUUGGUCAUGCAGAGGCCUGUAGCUGAGUUACAUCUACACAGAAUUAUCAUACCUAUUCCCAAUGGCCUUCUCCACGCCCCCCCCCCCCACAACUUCAUGCCUCUGAUGGCCUUGCUGCUUAUUCUUGAUCUCAUAAGUGACCCAAGCCCCUUGCCUUCGGGGAGGCAGAUUUGAGAUUUGCUCUGUCUCCUCAGUUAGCUGCCUUUCAAAUCCUCUUUGCUGCAAGCCUGUUUCUCAGUGUUUUGGCCUGCUGUGCAUCGGACAAAAGCAGCUUGGUUUUGUGUAGGGCCUUCUGCAGAUACCAAACUCGGAGGUAAAAGUGAUGGAGGCUGUCAGCCCCCAUUUUACAGAUGGGGAAACUGAGACUCGAGGUUACAAAGUCUGAACGCAAGCCCAGGUCUCCCUGGCUCUACACCUGUACUGCUAACAUCUUAGUAUUUCUGGGCAUGUCCUGGGUGUUUAAUUUCAAUACUUGUGAACUAAGAUUGAAGCUUCAGUCCACUGCUUCAAGGAAAAUACUUUUCACUGUCAACUGGAAGGGGGGAAAAAAAAAGCAGACUGCACAACCAAGAAGUUGUGAAUUGUUUAUCCUGAAACAUUACAGAGGACAAUAUAGCCCAGGAUAAAGUCUCUCAGCUCUGAAGAACCUUCCAAAAAGGUAAGGGAGGAGCCAGGUUAUGAGAUUUCCUUUGGGGUUUUAUUGGGGAGGGGGGGGAGAUACAGUUGAACAUCUAAAGCAGUAAUCACAAAAACACACCUGAAGUUAAUGAUUUUAGUGCUUUCCUAUAUAUAGGAAAAUGGAAGAACCCAGGAUCACUGAAAAUAUUCCUUAGGUACCUUAACUAGGUAGGGCCUGUAUCCAGUUUUUCUCCAUCCUGAAUUCCCCUUGGGCACAUCCUUUGGGCAGCUGCGAUGGUUGAUGACGCUAUUACCAGAAGGGCAGGCAACAUUCUUUGUCCACACUGGGAAGCAAGUGAACCAGCUAGGCUCUCGAGAGAGGAUGCAAAUUGCAAAGUUAAGAGGAAGGAGAGAGGUGAGAGACCAAGGGAAGGGGGCAACCCGGGCAGCAAAGAAUGGAGGCUGAGGACAUAGGCUGUGAAGUCAGGUAACAGGCUGGACAGAUGUAAACCAUCAGCAUCCUCAUUUUACACUUAAGGAAACUAAGGCCCUGCAGAGGACGAGAGGGGCCCUGGGGUCGAGGAAACCUAAGGGAAGGGUAAUCGGAACUUAGACACUCGGGCGGGGACCCAGCGCUCCCAAAAACCCCGCUGGCAGGGUGCUUUAGUACCCUGGGCUCCCGCUAGUUGCCCAGGCCCCGCCCCUUCUGCUCCUUAUUGGCCACUGCGGGCACGCGACCAACAGAAGAUUUAGCCAAUAGGAGUGGCCCACGGCGCGUCUUUCCCGGGAAAGCGGAGGCAGACGCGGGAACCCGGAAAUGCGAAGGGCGGACGAGUUGAGGAAGCCAAUCGGUCGCGAAGAAGAUGGCAGGCCAACCAAUGGCGAGUCACUGAGGGCGGGGCCACGAGCCGGCGGCGGAGGUGCCCGGAGCCCGCGGCGGCAGAGCCUGCGAGUGCUGGGAAGACGGCAGCAGGGCCGAGCGACAGCGCGCGCCGGCAAGUUGGAAGCCCAGGCAGCUUUGAACCAAGCCCUGGAAAUGAAACGCCAGGGCAAGCGGGAGAAAGCCCACAAGCUCUUCCUGCACGCCCUCAAGAUGGACCCUGGCUUUGUGGAUGCGCUCAACGAGUUCGGCAUCUUCUCGGAAGAGGAUAAGGACAUCAUCCAGGCGGACUACCUGUACACCAGAGCGCUGACCAUCGCACCCUACCAUGCGAAGGCGCUGGUCAACCGCGACCGCACGCUGCCGCUGGUGGAGGAGAUUGACCAGCGGUACUUCAGCAUCCUCGACAGCAAAGUGAAGAAGGUCAUGUCCAUCCCCAAGGGCAACUCCGCACUGCGCAGGGUCAUGGAGGAGACGUACUACCACCACAUCUACCACACGGUGGCCAUCGAGGGCAACACCCUCACCCUCUCAGAGAUCCGACACAUCCUGGAGACCCGCUAUGCCGUGCCUGGCAAGAGCCUGGAGGAGCAGAAUGAGGUCAUCGGCAUGCACGCGGCCAUGAAGUACGUCAACACCACGCUGCUGUCCCGCAUCGGCUCCGUCAGCAUCAGCGACGUGCUAGAGAUCCACAGGCGGGUGCUGGGGUAUGUGGAUCCCGUAGAAGCUGGCCGCUUUCGGACGACACAGGUCCUAGUGGGACACCACAUCCCGCCCCACCCUCAGGAGGUGGAGAAGCAGAUGCAGGAGUUCAUACAGUGGCUCAACUCUGAGGAUGCCAUGAACCUGCACCCAGUUGAGUUUGCGGCCUUGGCCCACUACAAACUGGUCUACAUCCAUCCCUUCAUCGAUGGCAAUGGCAGGACCUCGCGCCUGCUCAUGAACCUCAUCCUCAUGCAAGCAGGCUACCCACCCAUCACCAUCCGCAAGGAGCAGAGAUCCGAGUACUACCACGUGCUGGAGGUUGCCAAUGAAGGCGACGUGAGGCCUUUCAUCCGCUUCAUUGCCAAGUGCACAGAGACCACCCUGGACACCCUGCUCUUCGCUACCACAGAGUAUCCAGUGGGGCUGCCAGAGGCCAAACCCAACCACUCUGGGUUCAAGGAGACACUGCCUGUAAAGCCUUAAGGCUGUAAAUCCUCCCUUGGUGACAAGGGGUGUCCUAGCGGGGAUAAAAAUCACAGAAACUUAGCAUUUCUAGAAACCUAGUCAUCUCCCAGAGCAGGAGAUGAGGAGCUUGAACAUUCUUUACCUCCAGUUGUUUCUUUAAAGAAGAAAAUUAAGUUAUUAAGCUUUGUCCCUAAAAUAACUUAUAAUUGAGCCAAGUUAUUUAUUUCCUUUUGAGCUGAUAAGUGUGUGGCGUCAGCUGUCCAAGCCGGCGGCCCCUGUUCAUGGGGUGGCCCCGGCAGACUUCAAGGGGCAUCAGUGCACCUUGUGACCAGAACAAGUUUUGGAGCAGAAUUUGCACUAAGGUGGGGUGAGGUCUCGAGCCACAGGAGUAACUCCUUCCAGCCUUUCUGAAGCUGGCGGAGGAGAACCCGGUUCGUAGUUCUGAGAAAUGACUGAAAGCUUGCUUUCCUACAGGUGUUGCCUCCCCUACAAAGAGAUGAGCGCUGUGACUAAUCCUUACUGGGUGGUAGAGCAAAUUUCUGAGAUAUGAAAUGAUUGUUGACAAUACUUCUGGUGAGACGCCUUGCUCAUUUUAAGGAAGAUUCUGUGAGCCAUAGUUGGCAAAGUCCAGUACCAAAGGCUGUAAUUUUUCCACAUCAAGACUAUUUUUCUAAUUAAGAACAGGGGAUAGCCUAGUUUCUGUGUGUCAAUGUCUCUAACAUUUGUGGCAAUUCAGACCAGAUGUUAUGGCCUAAAAGUCCUCCGGGUCUGUCACCCGGUCAUUAAAUCCUGCUGCAAAUCAAGUGUUAGGACACAUCUGAGAAGACAGAUGCCAUGUCCAUGCCAAACAAGCACCAGUUCUAGAAACCAAGAAAAAACCUUUGACCACAGGCAGGAUGCAUCCCUCGAACCCCCUUUCCUGCCCCACAGCCAUUGUCCAGCAUCCCCUUGGGAAGCAGAAUAGAUGGCCUUGGGGUGGCCUUAUUUUUCUAGCAACUUGUAAAAAGAUGUAAUCUUACAUUUAACACAGCCAAGGUUCCCAGUUGUCAUGAUGGAAGUAGCAAGGAGCUCCCUUCAAUCGUACGUGGCACCAGGGCUGCUGCUGUUUAGAGUCUGAAUGGCCAGCAGUGACGUCUGACACUUCGUUCAGACACUGACAGAGACUCUCCACCGAGUGCUGUCUCGGACUGGAGAAUUCAGAUCCAGAUAGUAAUGAGGAGACCCUUUUUAUGGAGCAAGUGUUUAUACAGUCAUUUAAUUGUGUAAUAAGCACAGAGUAGUUGGCUGAAAGAUUAAUAAGUGAAAAGAUGUAUGAAAUGGCCCCAAACCUUUAUAAAAAAUAUUUUUGUAUUUAUAUGCUGCCAUCAGGAUUUCUUACACCUUUAACUCUUCUACCGUCUUGCUUUCGUAAGCACACCCCGGAAGCCUGACUAGAGUGCUUGCUUUGAACUCAAGGGAGAAAUGUGCACUUUAGCUAUAUGUGAAGGAUGUUAUUUUAACAAAUUGCUGAUUAAUAAAAGUAUUUUGUUACAUAAA